UUUGUGAGGAGUCGGCGAAAAUUUCUCUUCGACGUCUAAAUUACUCUAAAAACUUGAUAUUUUGUGAAAAAUGGUUCUUGAUUUAGAUUUAUUUCGGUCUGACAAGGGAGGUGAUCCCGCUAAGAUCAAGGAGAACCAGGCAAAGCGAUUCAAAGAUGUCACACUUGUUGAUAAAGUAGUAGCGGCAGAUGCGGAUUGGAGAAAAUCCAGAUACCAGUCGGAUAAUUGGAACAAAUUGAAAAAUGCCUGCAGCAAAAGCAUCGGAGAAAAAAUGAAGAAAAAAGAGCCUAUUGGUGAGGAUGAUAGCCUUCCUCAAGAAGUCUUGGACAAACUGGAUGAACUCACUGCAGAGAUUCUCAAGGAGCUAACGGUGAGCCAGAUCAAGAAGAUCCGUGCUCUCAUUGAUGAAGCUAUAGUCAAGUGUAACGAUGAUAGAAUCCGAUUGGAAGACGAGCGACGUGAGGCACUGAUACAAAUAGGCAACUUCGUCCAUCCCUCGGUUGUCGUUAGCAACGAUGAGGAUGAGAAUAAAGUUGAGCGAACAUUUGGUGAUUGUGAAGUGAAGAAGAAGUAUUCGCACGUUGAUUUGAUCCACAUGAUAGACGGAGUGGAUGCGGAGCGGGGGGCGGUCGCAGCGGGAGGUCGCGGAUACUACUUAAAGGGUGCCGCAGUAUUCCUCGAGCAAGCCUUGAUAAGGUAUUCGCUUGGUCUCCUACAUGAAAAAGGCUUCACACCUCUCUAUACACCGUUCUUCAUGAGGAAAGAGGUCAUGCAGGAAGUCGCACAGCUUAGCCAGUUUGAUGAGGAGUUGUACAAGGUGAUAGGAAAGGGCAGUGAAAAAGCCGACGAAAAAGUUUACGAUGAAAAAUAUCUGAUUGCGACAUCGGAACAACCAAUAGCUGCUUACCAUCGGGGAGAAUGGCUGCCUGAAAAAGAUUUGCCGAUUAAGUACGCAGGAUUAUCGACGUGUUUCCGACAAGAAGUUGGCUCACAUGGUCGGGACACGCGAGGAAUCUUCAGGGUUCAUCAGUUUGAAAAGGUUGAACAGUUCUGUUUGUGUUCACCGGAGGAAAACCACUCGUGGGAGUUGAUGGAUCAUAUGAUAGCUAAUGCUGAGGAAUUCAACCAGAAUCUUGGCAUUCCUUACAGGAUAGUUAAUAUAGUCUCAGGUGAACUAAACAAUGCUGCUGCUAAGAAGUUAGAUCUUGAGGCAUGGUUCCCAGGCUCCGGGGCGUUCAGGGAAUUAGUGUCUUGUUCAAAUUGUACGGACUAUCAGUCACGACGCUUACUGGUGCGCUACGGUCAAACCAAGAAAAUGAAUCAAACGACGGAUUACGUUCACAUGUUGAAUGCGACCAUGUGUGCUACGACGAGGGCCAUAUGUGCUAUCUUAGAAAAUUACCAAACGGAUGAUGGAGUUGUGAUACCAGACGUUAUUAAACCUUACAUGCCACCCAGUUUACAAGACAAGAUCCCGUUCACGAAACCUGCCCCAAUCGAUGUUGAGGAAGCAAAGAAACAGAAAAAACAAAAGAAAGGUCAAGGUCAGGGGGAUACGACGGAUAAGAUGUCAAACAUGAGCCUCAAGUGAUUCCAUUGUCUCUGGUGUGCAGCGUCCUAUCUCCUACUCCCAAACACAAGGUCAACCAGGAUGUGACAUUUUUUAUUUGGGGACGAUGUCACAAUAUAUGACUUCCAGAGUAACUGGGAGAUUAUCAUUCAACAGAUUACUGAUGUAUAAGUUAUUUCUCAUUUGAUCAUUGUUCAGAGACAUGAUGUGCUCAAUGGUCAUGCUGUGCUGACCUCUAUAUGUGCUUUGCGCUACUUCUAACUUGUAGAUGAAGCCUUUUGAUAGAUUAAGGGACCUGAAAUUUAGGAAUAUAUGUGGCCAUUUCUCUCCCUUGAGUAGCAGUUUGUAGUAAACUGAACACUCGGGUGGUUUGAUGCGGCCAUGGACUUGAUAAAUACAUAGUUAUAGUAUACUUAUUGGUGAGGGAAGAAUUCUUAGUGUAGCUGGCGCUGGUCGAUUGGUUUAAAACAUGCUGUUGAUAUGACUGUCGUCCUAAUCCUAAUGGCUGGUUUAUCAUACUCCACAGUAUAAGCUAAUUCAUUCAGGCACAGUGAGCCAGUAAGUGGAGACCCCAUGUCUAAGACAUCAUGAUUGUGCCUCAGACGUGUCUCCUAUGGCCUCCUUUCCCUGAAGGUUCUCUUCUGUACUUAUCAUUAUAAAUAAUCUACUCGA